AUGGCUAGAGUUGAGACACAGAGACCCAAGAUCAUUAUCCUUGGAGUCUUUUUAAACAUACUACUGGCUACCGCUUUGUCUACCAAUAGAUUUGUUUCAAAAAGAUCAUCACAUGAUCAACUUAAUCAUCAAAGUAAAACUCAUAAUUCAACAGAUAAUUCAACAGAAGCCUACAAUCAAACUACGAGGUCAUUGGAUUCUGGAUUAUCGCGUGACACUUUUCAUGGCCUACCACCUAUUCUUUCAGGACCAUUGGUUACUACUGGAUUACUUACUGCACCAGUCACUCAAGCAUCUUCGAUUUCAGACAGUUUCGGUCAAGGACUUAGUGCUUUUCCAGGAUUUGGUGCUAAUAUGACCAUAUCUGUACCGACAACCACUUUGUCAAUUCUGACGGCUACAAAAAGUGAUUCGGAUUAUAUACCUUAUCCCACUUCAGCUCCUAGUAGUGGUAGUAGUCAAUCUUAUAACAGCUCCGAAGUAAUUGCUCAAGCCACAGUGGUCGUCACAGUAAAUCCACCAGAAUCAUCACCCACACCUGUAGAAACACCUCCAGAACUAAGUACAAGUACUCAAAUAGUUUGGGCAACUGCUCCUCCUACUGUUUCAAGCCCUACAUCUCCUUCAACCGGUUCAAAUACCAAUAUGAGUUCAAAUUCAAAUUCUAUCAUGAUAUCAUCAAAUUAUUUGAUGUUCAUUUGUAGCUUUACAACAGUGUUGUCAUAUAUUGUAUUAUUCAGAUGA